AUGGCUUCUCCUCAGCAAAUCCGUACUCCGAUCACUGAUCUGCUCAAGAUCAACCACCCCGUCCUGCUGGCAGGCAUGAACGUGGCCGCGGGCCCUAAACUCGCCGCCGCUGUCACCAACGCGGGUGGCCUGGGUGUGAUUGGCGGUGUUGGCUACACUCCCGACAUGCUCCGGGAACAGAUCGCCGAGCUCAAGGGAUAUCUGACCGACAAGAAUGCUCCGUUUGGUGUCGACCUGCUGCUUCCUCAGGUCGGAGGCAGUGCCCGCAAGACCAACUACGACUACACCAAGGGCAAGCUCAACGAACUCGUUGAUAUCAUCAUUGAGAGCGGCGCCAAGCUCUUCGUCUCCGCCGUCGGUGUUCCCCCCAAUGCUGUGGUCGAGAGACUCCACAAGGCGGGUAUUCUCUGCAUGAACAUGAUCGGCCACCCCAAGCACGUUCAGAAGGCCCUCGAUGCCGGCAUCGAUAUCAUCUGCGCCCAGGGUGGUGAGGGUGGUGGCCACACGGGUGAUGUGCCGACCACCGUCCUCAUUCCCACUGUUGCCAAGUUGGUCCAGGGCCGCAAGAGCCCCCUGACCGGCCUGCCGGUGCAGGUCAUCGCGGCUGGCGGCUUGUACAACGGCAACUCUGUGGCCGCCGCAUUGAUGCUCGGUGCCUCUGCAGUCUGGAUUGGCACCCGCUUCAUCCUGUCUGAUGAAGCUGGUGCUCCUGCGGCGCACCAGGAGGCUGUCCGCACCUCCGGCUUCGAGGACAACAUCCGCACAAUCAUCUUCACCGGCCGACCUCUACGUGUGCGCAAGAACGCUUACAUCCUGAAUUGGGAGGAGAACCGGGCCGAGGAGAUCAAGCAACUCACGGCCAAGGGUGUCAUCCCGGUUGAACACGACUUCGAGAACCUGCCGGAUGAUGUUGACGACGACACCCUCGACAAUGCCCGUCCCUACCUGAUGGGCAAGGUCGCCGCCGUAGUCAACGAGAAGAAGUCCGCCAAGGCUAUUGUUGAUGAGCUCGUUUCAGAUGCUGCUGCACUCCUGCAGAAGGGCAACAAGAUGCUCGCCAAGCUGUAA